CUGGGUUGGGGUUUUUCAGCGCCAAGCUACAAACCGGGGCUUUCGCGGGAAAUUGCAGAGCAGCUGGGAGCGCCGCGGGCGGAGAGCUACCAACAUGUGGAUCCAGGUCCGUACCAUGGAUGGCAAGGAGACCCACCGGGUAGACUCCCUCUCUAAGCUCACCAAGGUGGAAGAGCUGAGGUUGAAGAUCCAGGAAGUGUUCAGGGUGGAACCAGGGAGACAAAGGCUUUUUUAUCGGGGCAAACAGAUGGAAGAUGGGCAUUCCCUUUUUGACUAUAGCGUUGGUCUGAACGACAUUGUUCAGCUGCUAGUGCGACAAAGCCCAGCUGUACUUUCUGUUCCUAGUAAAGAGAAGGAUUCUGAACUCUCUGAUACAGAUUCCGGCUGUUGUUCAGGCCAGAGUGAAUCCGAUAAGAGUUCCAACCACGGAGAAGGAGCCCUGGAAAUUGAUGGGCAACCUGGCCCAGCUGCUCAAGCAGACUGGAUUGAUCCAGGAUUUGGCCUCUAUAAGAUCAAUGAAUAUGUAGAUGCCCGGGAUACAAACAUGGGAGCGUGGUUUGAAGCCAUAUUGGUAAAUGUUACAAGGAAAGAAAAAGCAGCAGCCAGUGAAUCCAGUGACAAUGGAGAUGGCCAAGUGGCUGAAGAGGAUGUUAUCUAUCAUGUGAAAUAUGAAGACUAUCCAGAAAAUGGCAUUGUGAAGUUGAGUUCAAAAGAUGUAAGAGCUCGGGCUCGGACAAUACUGAAAUGGCAUCAGCUGGAAGUUGGACAAAUUGUGAUGGUGAACUAUAAUCCUGAUGAGCCCAAGGAGAGGGGCUUUUGGUAUGAUGCUGAAAUUCUUCGAAAACGGGAAACUAGGACUGUUAAAGAGAUCUAUGCAAACUUACUGCUUGGGGAUGCUGCAGAUUCUCUGAAUGAUUGUAGAAUAACUUUUGUGGAUGAAGUUUACAAAAUUGAGGAGCCUGGCAGUGUGAGCCCAGUUGGUUUCGAAAACCCUUUGAAAAGACAGAGUGGCCCCAUUUGCAAACACUGUAAAGAUAACCCCAAUAAGACCUGCCGAAUGUGUGCCUGCUAUGUGUGCGGAGGAAAGCAAGACCCUGACAAGCAGCUGAUGUGUGAUGAGUGCGACAUGGCCUUCCACAUCUACUGCCUUAGCCCUCCACUGAGCCGGAUUCCAGAUGAUGAGGACUGGUAUUGCCCUGAAUGUCGGAAUGAUGCCAGUGAAGUGGUCUUGGCAGGGGAGAAGUUAAAAGAGAGCAAAAAGAAGGCAAAGAUGGCAUCUGCUACAUCAUCGUCUCAAAGAGACUGGGGCAAGGGUAUGGCAUGUGUGGGGCGCACAAGGGAGUGCACUAUUGUGCCUUCUAAUCAUUAUGGACCAAUCCCUGGGAUUCCUGUUGGUACCAUGUGGAAGUUCAGAGUGCAGGUGAGUGAGUCUGGUGUCCAUAGGCCCCAUGUGGCAGGUAUACAUGGCAGAAGCAAUGACGGUGCCUACUCUCUGGUCCUGGCAGGGGGCUAUGAAGAUGAUGUAGACCAUGGCAACUCUUUCACUUAUACGGGCAGUGGAGGCAGAGAUCUUUCUGGAAACAAACGGACCGCAGAGCAGUCCUGUGAUCAAAAACUCACCAACAUGAACAGAGCUCUGGCUUUGAACUGCAGUGCUCCUAUCAAUGAUCGAGGUGGAGCUGAAGCCAAGGACUGGCGAGCUGGGAAGCCAGUCAGGGUGGUGAGAAACGUCAAGGGAGGGAAACACAGCAAAUAUGCCCCAGCUGAAGGGAAUCGAUAUGAUGGAAUAUACAAGGUAGUGAAGUAUUGGCCUGAAAAAGGGAAAUCUGGUUUCCUUGUGUGGCGUUAUCUCCUCAGGAGGGAUGAUGAUGAACCUGGCCCAUGGACCAGGGAAGGGAAAGACAGGAUGAAGAAACUUGGCUUAACAAUGCAGUAUCCUGAAGGGUAUUUGGAAGCAGUUGCUAACAAAGAGAAGGAAAAAGAAAAUAGUAAGAGUGAUGAUGAGGAAUUGACAUCUCCAAGGAAAGGAAAGGGGAAGAGGAAAAGGAAGACAGCAGGGGGUAGGGAGGCCUUUCUGGCCUCUCCUAGUACAGUGUCCAAGAAGACUAAAGUGGAACCAUACAAACUCACCUCCCAGCAGAAGACUCUCAUCAAGAAUGAUGAAUCCAAUGAAAAACUGUGGAACGAAGUAUUAGGGGCAUUGAAGGAUGGGCCGAAAUUCCUGAAUAAAGUGGAAGAAACAUUCUUGUGUAUUUGCUGUCAAGAGGUAGUGUUUCGGCCAAUUACCACUGUGUGUCAGCAUAAUGUUUGCAAGGAUUGUUUGGACCGAUCCUUCCGAGCCGAGGUGUACAGCUGCCCAGCUUGUCGGUAUGAUCUGGGUAAAUCUUACACUAUGCAAGUGAAUCAGCCACUGCAAACCAUCCUCAGUCAGCUCUUCCCAGGCUACGGCAAUGGGCGGUGAUUCUGUCUGUCAAGCACUUCUUACUUUAAUGGUAAAAUGUGGCAGUGGGUUUUCGGUAGGCUUAAUUUAAACACAUAGCUUCACCUUUUCCUUGAAAAGAUUUGUCUUCCCCACCUUUUUUUUUUUGUUAAGUCUAUAAACCUUGAGGGAUUUAUUUUAUAUGUGUUGUGGCUUUUUAAAAUGUUGGAUACUGCCUUCAGUUUUUCCUAAAACCUGCAGUUUAUCAGCAUAAAUUUUCCUACUUUUGGUAAAGGCUGCUAAUGAACCUGACAUUGAGUUCUCAAAAGUUCCCUCUUAUGUAGAAUGUGGCUUGGUUGCUAGAACAAUCUUUGUAAAGUCUGUGGAUUUGGCCUCAAAGGUAGAAGUAUGCUCAGCUCUUUGGCAAUAUUUUGAUGUUCAAAUUCUCUAAGGUGGUUCCUGGUGUUUUUGGACCUGUUGCUUAGAUGGUUUAUCAAGAAGUUGUUUAAAGAAAAAAAAAUCUUGCUUAAAAUGGGUUAAGCUCUUUUUCAAGGCCAUUCUCUACCAGUUUACUUUUAUGUUUAAAAUAAGUAUAAAAAAGCUCUCGGCCUGCAUUUAGCUAAGUGCUCGGGGCAGUACAGAAUGCUACCUCAGCUGGACUCUUCUUUUACCGAGGGAACUGGUUGUUCAGCCAGAUGCUGUCUCUGAUCCAGAAUGCCAUUGUGGAACAUACUAGAGCCAUUCUUAAGUGCCUUUGGUUCGUUUCUAAAAGACUGGGUUCUUUUUAGCACUGAAAUGUUGAAAUUGCCAACCAGAUUAUAUUUCUUCCUUUGAAAAUGGAACACUGUAGCCAAACGUCAUUAGUGUGGCAUUGCAAACCUUGAAACUCUUCUUUGCUAGGGUGCAUUUUGUUAAGAUUAUUUUACUUUAUCGUUAUUUUAAAUGCAUUUCCAUUUUGAAAUGGAGAAUUAUAUAAGUGAGAAAGUUUUUCUUUUAUAAGACACUUUUCCAAAUGAAAUUUUUUUUCAGUUACUGUAUAUGAACCCAGAAAGAGAUAACUUAGUUUUAGUUGUUUUUUUUUUUUAAUUUUGUGAAUGGAUUUUUGGUUUUUUUUAACAGUACCAAUGUUUGAAGUUUAAUACCUCAAUGUAACAGGGAUAUUUUAACUCACUUAACUGCAGACAGACUGGAAUGAUAUAUAUUUUUUUUUGUAAAACUCUUUCCUUAUGGUAGAAUAUUAACGGAUAGGAUAAAAACAAUGAAACAUUGUGUAGGCUUUUUCUAAAAAGUUCAGAUGUUUUUUGUACAUGUGCAGAUUUUAAGUUCUCAAAAUAAAUGUGUUUAAAGAUGAA